AUGUACACCAUCGACGACGACGACUCUGGUCCCGAAGACGGCCGUCGGGCCAGCCGCCCCCUUAGCUUCAUUGCGACCCAGGGAGAUCACUUGGAGCGCCUCGCUAGUCUCGCCGAGGAGCCCUCCGAGGAGAACUCGGGGGAUGAACUGCGCCUCGUCCGGACAACCUCAGACAAGACCAAGUCAACACUACACGACACCACUGGCGGAGAGGGGGGCGAUGAUGGGUUCAUGGGUGGACGCACCUCGAAGGAGUCCAGCACCCUCCCGAUGAGGAAGUCAAGCGACACGAGCAGUUCGUCAGAAAGACCGGCCUCUCCGCUUUCGCCCGCGCGCUCGAUACGGGAACUCCAGGCCGAUGGGUCGGCCUCCCAGUUCCCCAUGACGAAUAUCGACGAUGCCAACGACAUUGCACAAGAGUUAAGUAAUCUGCAGGCGCUGCGACGGCUAUCGAUGGAUGUUGGGAAUUUCAACGACCCCGAUCUUCUUCCUUUCUCGAAUAUGGGCCUAGUCCAGUCUGGUCCACCAUCGGGCGAAGAUGAUGAAGCAGACCCGUCCCGUUUGCUAUGGGUACCUGCGAGAGUACACCCGGAACUCGAACCUACGGCGUUCAAAGACUUCCUGGAGAAUCGCGUGCAGGCAAUAAAGCGGCGGUCCAGUGACUCCAUGUUGUCGAUUGACCUGAACCGAAGUGACUCGACAGGUGGAGGAGGGGGCUUGAGGAGAAAGAAGUCAAUGCUCUCUCGCCAAAUCAAGCCGACGAGUGAGGGUAUUGACUAUGUGGAUGGCGCAGAAAGGCUGCAACGGCAACGCUCCCUCCAUGGCGAUGGUAACCCAGAACCUAGCCUGAAUGAGUUGGUAGAUGAUCCUACGAAAGCAGUCAAGAAACUGGCGCUUGAGACUCACCAAGAGGUGGACGAGGGUGACAUCCCGAUACUUCCUGCUCCAAGUAUGGGUCUAAGACGCUCCACAAAGACAACAUACAGAAAAAGCGGCAGUGUACGCGGGAACAAACCGUCAUUUUCGAAGAGGGCCCAUGGAAGGCAGUCAUCCGAGCUUGAAGAUGAUAUGCCCCCUGUUCCGGCAAUGGACGAGGCGUCAAGUCAAGGCCUGAAGAGGGUACAGUCUGAGCCGGCCCUGGCUGAUCUCUACUCACAUCCCGAGAAAUCGCUGCACACACGGCAAAAUUCUGCACGCGAUCCCUCGGGUUCGUCCAAAGAUAUAACCGUACGACGAUCGUUAGAAGACACACCCAACAGAGCUCUUCAGGACGAACCAAAGUCGGCUAGCCCGCCUGCCCCGGCCCCAGCGGAAGUCCUCCCUGUCAAGAAGACUCCGCCCAUACCGCCACCUACAACCGCCCCGCCGCCGGUGCCUGCAAUCGUUGCGACGCCGCCAGCAGAGACAAAUAAGCAGACUCUACCCGAUAGAUCAUCCACCCAAAAGGCGGACGAGCCGUCUCCUCGCGCCGAAAAACGUCCGUCGAUUGACGCAACCCAGUCGACAGCGCAAGCCAAUGGCAAGAGUCAACCUAAGCCUUCCGCGCCGAGCGUAAUUACGCAACCCUCGCCGGCAUCGGAUGAGAAGAAAGCGGACAAGAAAGCGAAAGAGAAGGAAGAGGUUGAAGCCCCCACCAAAUCGUCCGGAUGGAAAUGGUUCAAGAGUGAUGAGAAGGACAAGAAGAAGCGCGAGAAGGAAAAGGAGCGCGAGAAAGAGGAGCAAGCUCGGAAAGCGAAGAGCAAGGGCGGAGACAAGAGCCAUGAUGCGACCCGGUUGGACGUUCUACAAAACUCCAUUGAAGGCUCUUCUAAAGGCCGGGAGAGCUUGGUGCUGGAUCGGGAUAGUAUCGACAAGAACGAGGACAAGAAGAAGGAGACCAAGAAGGAAAAGGAAGGCUUCUUUGGUGGUCUUUUCGGAGGCAAAAAGAAGGCUGAUAAGGAGCCUGCCAAGAAGAAGGAGCAAACCCUACUUACUCCAGAACCUCCUCGCCGAAAACUUGUUCCCGAUGUCGACUACUCUUGGACUCGCUUCCCGAUUAUUGAAGAGCGAGCCAUUUACCGGAUGGCUCACAUCAAGCUUGCGAACCCCCGCCGACCCUUGCACAGUCAAGUCCUGCUCAGCAACUUUAUGUACUCUUAUCUCGCAAAGGUCCAGGCCAUGCAUCCCCAGCUCAAUGUGCCCACCUCACCGCAGCAAAGGCGAUUGGAGGAAGAGCGCAAGCGCCGUGAAGCCGAACAGAAGGCGGCGCAGCAGCGAGCGAUGGAGCAACUCGCCCUUGAACAACAAAUGGCGGCGAUGUCUGGCCAGACCGAUUUCAACUUUGAGUACCAUCGCGCUGGAAAUGGUUACGGCGAGGCAUCGGGCGGCGGCACGCAGUACGUUGAUGACGCUCAGAUUUAUGAAUACGAGCAACAACGGAACGAAUCUCGCGCCCGCCAGGAAAACCAACAACAAGAAAAUGGCAAAAAUGACGAGGCAAAGGACAUGUGGUAG